GUCAGUCGCGCAUGCGCAGUGGCAGGAUAAGUCUUGUCAAGUGCUAGCAGAGCAGAAUGGAUUCUUUGGUUGUGAUGUUUCAUACUUGACACACAGAUACUUACACACCUAAUUCAAGUUCAAAAUGGGAAAAGGCUGUAAAGUUGUGGUGUGUGGCCAGGCAGCAGUGGGGAAAACUGCCAUUUUGGAACAGUUGCUGUAUGGAAAUCACACUGUAGGCUCGGAGUCCAGCGAGACGCAGGAGGAUGUGUAUGUGGCCUCGGUGGAAACUGACCGCGGUGUGAAGGAGCAGCUGAGGCUCUAUGACACUAAGGGGCUCCACGAUGGACAAGACCUCCCCAAGCACUACUACUCGGUGGCCGACGGCUUCGUACUUGUCUAUAGCGUCGACAGCUUGGAGUCUUUCAAGAAGGUGGAUGUUCUGAAGAAGGAAAUAGACAAAUCCAGAGAUAAGAAAGAGGUGACAGUCAUAGUUCUGGGGAAUAAGACAGACCUGCGGGAGCGUCGUCAGGUGGACCAGGAGGUGGCGCAGCAGUGGGCGCGAGGCGAGAAGGUAAAGCUGUGGGAGGUGACCGUCACCGAACGCAACUCGCUCAUUGAGCCCUUCACCCAGCUGACCAGCCGCCUCACCCAGCCUCAGAGCAAAUCUUCCUUCCCUCUGCCAGGACGCAAAAGCAAAGGCACGCCGUCGAACGACAUCUGAAACUCUGAACAUCCCCUCACUCCUCUCCGCUAGUGACGGGCUACAUUCACCUCAUGUGGGAAUAACCAGUAGGACAACACGGGCAGCCGCAAGUUUAGCAACAUGAGUUUAAUCGCUGCUGUGUACAUUUCACCAUUUUACACACAUUCAUUCACUUAUAUGCAAUAUUAACGUCAUUUUGAAGGAGUACUGUAGCAUUUUGGGAAGUACCCUUAUUGAUAGUGAUGAGGAUCAAUACCAAUAUGUCUGUGUGGAAAUCCAGAGCUGGAGUCAGUGUUGAUACUAGCAUAAAGACUGGAAACAGACAGCACCUCUAAAUUAACACUAAUGAACAUGUUAUAUCUGAUUUGUACACAUAUAAAUGUAAAAAUGACACUUGAUUUUUAGACGUAGUUACAUGCUGAACUUUUUCUUGACAAACAGCCGGUUAUUCAUCGGUGCUUCUGUGCAGCAUGUCCAGUUACAGCGCUGGUUUCCUGCUUGAUGCUAAACCGGACAACAUCUCUGUGAUGACGAGUGAGUGAGUGAGUGAGUUACAGCUGCAAACAGCUGGAAUCUUGUCAUCGCAUCACAGUGAGGUUGCCAAGUCUGGGCCUGUACAGAUACUAAAACUUAUGCUCAACAACCACAUCUGGCAACCCAGGCUGCAGCUGGAGACGUUGCACAGAAGCACAAAGAUAAACUGUUGCUUGUCAGUAAAUGAUUUCCGAACACACUAAAUGUCCACUUUAUUAGGAACACCUGUAAAAUCUAUUGCAGUUCAAUACAACAACACUACUACAAUACCUGCCUUUACAAAGUUUAUCACCUUCAGUUUUUACUGAUGUUUUAACAACACUGUCACUAACACUGAAUUUACACCUAAAACACAAUCAACAAAAUAAACAUUACAGGCCUCAGAGCUAGAUUCAUGGCCGAGCAGUUGUAUUGGCUUACAUUAGAUUGCACAGGUGUUCCUAAUAAAGUGGACAGAAUUUAUCUUCCCUAAAACCAAAAAUAGCUGUUCUUUCAUGCAGGAUAAACAAACGUGUUUAUUACCGAGCUUUAGAGGUGAUAGUAGGUGAAUUCUUGAACAUUAGAUAUAAUAAUGAUAAAUAAUAUUACUGAAGUAUUUAUUUAUUCAUUUUACUUUCUUUCUGCUUCAUACUAAAUGUUAUAGUGUUUCUAUAGUUAUGGAGUUGUAGGGUGGGAUAGGAAGAAACUAGGCUAGCAGUUUCCCACUGUUCUUCAUGCUAAGCUAGGAUAGCAAGUCCUGACACCAGCUCCACAUUUAACGCAGACAUGAGUGUUAAUGAUCUUCUCGGCUCACUCUGGGAAAGACGUUAACUUCUGAACAUUUCAUCUUUUACAGCAAACUGCACAUCAGUGUCAACCACAAAUAUCUCCUGUGACCCGUGAAUGAAAGCCCCCCCCCCUCACCCCCCUCACACACACACACACAGUGCGCUCAACACCUCAGAGUGUAGUCAGUCCUUUAUUUGUGAAAAGCACUUUAGUACCAAAUGUCUGAGUAAACCCAAACUCAGAUCUUGUAGAUUUACACUUCUGAGCUGUGAUAGUGAAAUAACAUGUUCUGUCCACUGUUGUUCUCACUUGAAACAUUCAUAUCAUUCCAAGUUCAAUUUCCAAGUUCCCUGUGCACAUUUAGAGCGUUACCAUCCUCCUUCCUCUCUCAGCGUCAGGGAGGACGUCAGAAAACACAGUCCGCUCAGUCCAGUGUGGAUUUUGACCCUCAUUUCUUACAUUGGAUUUGCACUAGUAACGGAUCUCUUCAUGACCAGGACAGACAGGGUGAUCGCAGCAGCCUUUGACGCUAUAAACACACAGGUGGGCAUGUCAUUGUUGCACUAAAACAGACUUGAGAAAUCGGAAGCUGUCCCACGAGCCCUGGCGCCAAACGUUGACUUCAUAAAUACCAACACUAAACGCUGUGUUCGAGUACCUAAACUGUUAUUUCCCCAUCUGAUGUGAAUGCAGCAUUAAUCCUCUGUCCUCUGGCAGGACUCCCGUUAGCCGUUGUCCAGUCCAUUUCAUACAUUAAAUAUGGCUCGGCAGCAAUAAUGUUCAUGGUACUACCUUUUACUCGUGAUGUAUGAUUUCAUAAUGUCUGUCUGACGGUAGUUGCACUCCUGUGUCGUCCAGCCAAAAUAAUCCAACAGGGCUACUAGUUAAAGCUGUGUGUGUGUGUGUGUGUGUGUGUGUAUGUGUGUAAGUCUUUUUAACAGUAGAAAUCACUAUUGAGAGGAAAUAUUUAUUUUUUAACUAAUUUAUUUUUGUCACUUUAAUGAGCCACAUUCCUUGACUUUUGACGGUGUGAUGGAUGAUGUGUGUCCCUUCGGAGUAAUAACAUUUCAUGUGCUGCUAGUAGAACAGAGGUAGAGAGAUCAAGACUUGCACUCUGUAUAAUCACGCUAACCCUAAAUUAUUCUGUGCCCUGUGAUGUGUCUUAAGAUGCGCUGAAUAAAAAUAAAGCCUCUUCGUAUUAAA